AAAUAUCAAUGGGUGGAUUGAUUCUGAAUUUGUUAGAACUACACCAAAAUUCCAUACGAAAGAUAAUAUCAUUUGUAUGGGAUAUUUAUGUAUCUAUCUCAGCCUUUGAGUUUGUCACCGAAUCUCGCAUCCUGUAAUGAAACAUUUCAAUCCACCCAUUUCUGAACAGUUCCAUCACUUGGCAAAGAACUAGAAUUUAGUUCUGACUUCGACGGACUGCAGGAAAGCCAUUUUUUGAAAUGUGGGAAAAAAAUAAAUAUACCAACCUCUCGGGGCUUGGCAUCCCUGAACUGACCUCUGACAUGUUAUACGGCUAUCUCGUCGAAAAGGGGUUCACCUGGGGAGAACAGUCCUCCAAUUGGACAUUGCACACAAUUUGGGAACCCAGAGUUACGGACAAGUUAAGUUUUCUUAAGGAUAUGAAACCCGGUGAAGAUGUUGUAAAGUGCAACAUCUGGCCUAUCCUUCGCGAGGGGUUUGGAACAUUCAGUGUAGACUUUGACUCGUUAGUUAACCUCUCCGAUAAUAUGACAAUGGUGCGCAUCGACUGCGAAAAAUGUCCUAAAGCAACCGAACUACCCUCAUCCCAAUUGUUGCAAGGGGCACAAGUCUCAGAGUUCUCGAUGGAUAAAGAUCUCAUCAACUUUAGAUGCACCCCAAUAACGCUGGUCGCUGGUGGGAGUCUUCGAGAAAUCCUAAAAGCGUGUAUUCGAUACAACGACGUCUUGAUCGCAGUGGGCACCGUAAAACGCGUCGAAACCACACACGCUCACAGACUCAGUUUGUUAAACUACGAUUGUGACGACGCUGACCUGACCCUCAUCAGGAUUUCUUUCUUGCCCCCGUUGCAAGGACAUGAUGUUAAGUUACUUGAGACAAUAACGCCCGCUGAUGGUCCGAAUACAUACAAAUUUAAGUAUCGAGCUCGUUGCGGAACAUCGUUGGAACAAAUUGCGAAGUUUGGAGUUUAUCACCCAAAUGAAAAGACUGAGAGGGAUGAUCGUUUUCUUAUCGAGGAUAUACAGAUGCCGAUUGCUUCCAGUGCCAACAUUACUGCAAUAUAUUCAGCAAUUGUGCAGAGGGGCAUUAAUAAAAACAAUAAGCCUGCGACUCCUGUGGAACCAGUACCACCACCACCACCACCAUGCCCACUCAAGCCCUACCGUCGAGUAACCUUCGCUCCAGAAGUGGAAUAUGAUGAGAUCGAAGAGGAGGAGGAGGAGGAGGAGGAAAAAGAAGAAGAAGAAGAAGAAGACGACGACGAAGAAGAGUCGUACAAAACGUCACACAUCUUCUUUUCAGAUGCGCAUCCCUUCAGGGGGGAACGUUGUCAUAUUCAUUUGCCAAGCCGGUCAGCCUUUUGGGCGUUAGUCUUCAUCUUAAUGAUGAUUUUUUUCGCUUGGGGGCUGACGUUUGGCCGAAUUUAUUCCUUCAAUACAGGUGGAUCAAGGGAAAUGUAUUUUUACAGCAACCAUGGUCUAGCCCCACCAAUUAAUUCUGUCGUGUCCAAGGACGUGAGUGCCCUCUCCGUGAUGUACAACAGUUCAAGGAGUAUGUUGAGGGCGAUAUUUGAUAGUUUUAUGAGAAUCUUGUACUGGUUGUAUGACAACCUCGGGUAUCGAUACAUUACCCAAAGAUUAUUUGGCAAUACCACAAAAAUUCAUCAGGUUUGUUAUUAAUUUGGUUUAGAAUGAUUAGAAGAAAAUCAAUAAAUGUUUUUCUGUUGAAUU